CACUGUCAUUACUGUUUCUCAGGAUGGAAAAUAACUAGGUGUUGCCUAUGUGAAUCUUCUUGAGUCAUGAGAGGAAACACUUUGUCAGAAGGAUCUAAUAGCUAUUUUUUCAAAGAGGACGAUGAGAGAGCAUUACCAGAGCUUUUGAAAGAUGACAUUUUUGUGGAUUUCUUCAACACCUUCCUCAAUCUACCUGUUUUUGGACAGACCCCUCUGUACCUUCUACAAGACAACACAUGGAUUCUGUUUCCAGAACUUCACCAGUCCCAACAGGUGAAUGAACCUGGCUUUCUGCAGUGGUUGGCAACAGAGCGAUUACCCUUAUUUAGGCAGACUGAGUUAUAUCAUCAUUACCUGCUAUGCACAGAGAUCCUGGAACUUCCCUGCUCUCAAACCAAAGGAGAGCGGUCAUGGAGCAGAGGGGAUCAGUGGCUCCUGAAGAGGUGUAUUGGCAGUGUGAGGGGCAUGCUGCACUAUGGCUCCUACAUCGCUGGCACACGAGGGGAGGAGCUGCUGCGGUUCAGUGUGCGGGUGAGCAGGCUGCUGUGUCUGAGCCAGAGCCUUGACAGACAGCAGGCGUCGGGCAGCGGCGGUGGCAGGGAGAGGCAGCCGUGGAGUAGCGCCCGAUACCGCGCUCUGCUCUCUGCCAUCCAGAUCAACCACCUCAGCCAGGGAUCCGAUGUCAUGGCGGUCUGCCAGAUCUCUCCAGCCGAGGCUGCGGCGGUCCUGGCAGAGGAGCACUCGGAGAAGGGCCGACAGGAGCUGCUGUGGAGGAUGAGGGCCCAGGCGGUGCUGCGGCUCAAACACUACUGGGCGCCGCACUUCCUGGGCCACAGCAAGGCGUUGUUGGGCAGCGUGCCAGAGUGUCGGCCCCUGAUGGAGGAGUACCAGCGCUUGGCUUCAUCUCCAUGCGAUGACGGACCUCAGGAACAAUCUCCGGGGCUGCCAGGAUUGGAGGGCAGUCGGCUGGAGAGAAAUAUCAUACGCAGGUCAGCGGAUACUCCUUCGCCGUACCACUCGAAAAACAGCAAGAAGCUUCUGUGGAGGUCUCAGGUGAGCUCGAAAAGGCCCAAGACACCAGGCACUAGUGCACUAGGCCCGAGGCAGCAGAAUGAGGCAGCAGAGGCAGCGGCAGCGGCAGCACCAGGAAGAGUGUGUCAGUGGCUUCCUAUGGAAGGGGAGCCCUGGCCAGACAGGUGUACCAGCAUCGCCCACAAUGAAAACAGCUGGCUGAUCCAGCAGCACAGCGGCUGUGCAACGGUGAGCCCCCCGCGGGUCGCCCAGGCCAGCAAAGACCAAGUGCUACCCGACGUGGACGUGCCCCACGCCUGCAUGGGUACCCCGGUCCUCAACGUGACCGUGGAGCUCGAGGUGCCCAAGCCGCCCGCGGACGCCCAGCGUUUUGCCCACGUGGGGCCGGCCCUGCGCGCUGACGAGUUGGCCGGAGGUCCCUACGCGGCGUUCCUGGAGGUCGGUGGCCUGGACGUGCCGCGGCACCACCUGGCUCUGUGGAGGGAGCUGGACGGGCUGCUCAGCAUGCUGCUCCAGGCACAGGGAGAUGACUCCCUCUACGCCCAGAAGCAGGCGGCGGCCAGGAGAAUAGCGGACGCCUUCCUCAGCGGCGGGGAGGCGGAGAGGAGGCUGGCGCUGGACGCCGGCACCUGUGCCAGGCUGCGCGAGCUGCUGCCGUCUGGGAAAGCCAUUCCUUGGAUUUAUGCGGCACAGUACGACAUCUGCAAGGUUCUUAGCUCGUCCUAUGAUUCCUAUUUGGACGAAGAGGAUAGACAUUUCUGCUUGCAUCUCUUUGGUACAAAGGAGCCAGUGUGUGGCAAGAGGAAACCAACGUCGCCCCCUGGUGGGCUUAGUGCGGCUGAGCAGCAGCUGAGACGCAUGAGCGAGGCGCUGGCUCUGGCACGGGCCUCCUGCGGCCACGCAGACUCGGUGCCGCUCUCCCGGGAGACCUGGGCGCUCCUGUUGCUGGAGGAUGUCAGCAGAUAUGGCUCCAUCCACCUGCACUGCAAAAAGACUGAUAUAAUAUCUGACAUGCCGUUUGAGAAGCUUGCCGUAAUGUUCCCCAAACUUGCGGCUGAGAAGAUAAGCACUGAUUUCCAUAUCUACUGCAAGGAGAAUCCUCCAACAGCAAAGCCCAAGUCCAGGAAUUCGUUUUCUAUGAGUGCACAAAGAAAGGAUCCAAAGAAGGACACCAGCUUCUGCAUCACGCCUACGAUGAAGCCAAGAACCUACGCAGACAUGUGGAGGACCCCCCCGCACCUGGAUUCCUUCAAACGGUUUCUGCGUUACCAUGGUGGCCAAGGAGCGCUGCUCUUCAUCCAGGACGUGGAGCGUCUGCGCUCCAUCGACACCGCGCAGAACCCCAAAAACAUCAAGCAGAAGCGGAGGAAAAUCCACAACAUCGUGGAAAGUUAUUUCCGGCGGGAAGAUGCCAGAGAGUACCUGCAGUGCAACGCGGACAUAAUUAGCAACGUGUCCAACAUGAGGCCCGUUAACUGCGAAAUCCUCUACACCAUCCAAGAUGUUGUCAACAAGUCCCUGGAGGCCACAUGGUUUAAGCAGUACAUGGACAUGUUCCCUGCCUGUCCCACUGUUGUCCCGGACACUGUCGUCAGAGAAAACAUCAUCAAGGACAAACUGAAAAAUGUCUGGACUAUUUUAAGUCGGUUCAUCAAGGGUGUGUGCAAGUUCAAAGCUGGUAUGGCCAACCAUGCCCUUCGUGCAGAGUUUGAAUCUUUCCUGCGUCACAAUUAUCUGGCCUAUUCUGACUCCUAUGGGCUGAGCCCCAUGUCAUCAUCCCAGGACAUGUCAGGGUCAUCCGGCUCCUACAAGGACUCCAAGGAGGACGAGGGGGCCAGCCUCAGGCAGCGGCUCAUCAACGGCAAGCCCAUCUUCACCGACUUCCUAGUCAACGACUUCUCCUUCUACCAGGAGUGCGAGAGGUUUAGGAGCCUAGCAGACUCUGGAACAGCUAUGGCAACUGCUGGCCUGUAUGGGGAAAACGAUUACAACAUGCUUUACCAGAAGGCUGACAUGAUCAUACGACUCUUCCUCAAGUCAGAGUUCUCUCCCAAACUCAGGGUGAACAUCCCGGAGGCGCAGAGGGACGCCAUCCUGCAGCUCUUCCAGUCGGGCAGGAUUGACCGCACCCUCUUCUACGUGCCCAUAGUCACCAUCUUCCCCAUUCUCAUCAUCUGCUGGAAAAAGUUUUGCACAUUCCGGGUGAUGAAGAGCAUGCUUGAGAGCAAACGACAAGAGACCACCAAACAAGACAUCAAAGAAGACAACAAGGCAGCAGCGAGAGGGGACAAGGUGACGAAGGUGAAGAUGAAGGAGCAGCCCACUGUCACUGUCACUGCUCCACCUGACUUCCGAGAGGCAAACAGCAACUGGUACCAGCAGGCCAAGACCAUCAUAUCCCUGACUGAUGAACACACCAUUGUGCGUUUCUCCACCCAACGCGGCAUCAGACUCAUCGUUCCACAGGGAAAGGCUGACAUUAAAGCGUGCCACAAUAGCGACUCGAUGAGUGCCUUCUCUGGACGAGGGCUGCCGCCACUGUUUGGAGCUUCAGAUUCCCUGGGGCGAGAGUCUCCUCUUCAGAAGGAGCCCAGUAAUACCCACUUCAUUCAUCCAGAGGGCAGCCUCUCUUCAGGAGCCAGCUUGACGGCCAUUUCCGAGGAAGCCUGAAGUCGAAGACGCCGUCACUUACUUUGUCAAAACUCCUGGUCCGCAGGGGAAUUAAAGAAAAAUAAUUUGCCGCA